CCACAGGACUUUCUCCGUUCCAGUGUGUUUUUGGAUAUCAGCCACCCCUGUUUCCUGAGCUUGAGGAGGAGAUUACAGUUCCAUCUGCUCAGGCCUUGGUGCGCCGCUGCCAACUCACUUGGAGGAGAGCCUGGGCGGCGCUCCUCCGCACCUCCAGCAAAUACAAACGUGUGGCUGACAAGGGCCGUUCUCAAGCUCCACACUACAAGGUUGGCCAAAGAGUCUGGUUGUCAACCCAAGAUCUUCCUCUACGCCUGGAGUCCCGCAAGUUAGCACCCAGAUUCAUUGGUCCGUUCUCCAUCACGAAGGUGGUAAACCCUGUGGCGGUGCAGCUCGAGCUUCCUAGGWCUAUGAGGGUCCAUCCGACCUUCCAUGUGUCCAAGGUCAAACCCGUCAGGACCAGUCCGCUGGUUCCCCCCACCAGACCCCCUCCACCCCCCCAGGUCAUUGAUGGGGGGCCAACAUACGCUGUAAGGCGUCUUCUGGGGUCCCGCCGCAGGGGCCGUGGACUUCAGUACCUCGUGGACUGGGAGGGUUAUGGGCCAGAGGAGAGGUCCUGGGACUACCGUGUGAAUAUCUUCCUUCGUCAACAAUGGAAUGAUCCCAGGCUUGCCUAUGCUGAGUACCCAGAUGACUCUCUGGACUUGGACCCCUCUAUGUUAGACUCCAUAUGGAAACCAGAUCUAUUCUUUGCCAAUGAGAAGGGAGCCCACUUUCAUGAAGUCACUACAGACAACAAACUGCUCAGGAUAUUUAAGAAUGGAAAUGUUUUGUACUCUAUUAGACUAACAUUGACUCUUUCAUGUCCAAUGGAUCUAAAAAACUUCCCCAUGGAUGUUCAGACUUGUAUCAUGCAGCUGGAAAGCUUUGGUUACACAAUGAAUGACCUGAUCUUUGAGUGGCAGGAGAAUGGAUCGGUUCAAGUGGCCGAAGGCCUCACGCUCCCACAGUUCAUUCUUAAAGAUGAAUCAGACCUCAGAUACUGCACCAAGCACUACAACACAGGUAAAUUUACUUGUAUUGAGGUGCGAUUCCACCUGGAGCGACAGAUGGGGUACUAUCUGAUCCAGAUGUAUAUUCCUUCUCUGCUCAUUGUCAUUCUGUCCUGGGUCUCCUUCUGGAUCAACAUGGAUGCUGCCCCGGCCAGAGUGGCACUGGGUAUCACCACUGUCCUCACCAUGACAACACAGAGCUCAGGCUCCAGGACUUCACUGCCUAAG